AUGUCGUCCGAACGUGAGCCCCUCCUUCCUACCAACGCCCAGCAGGCGCGUCAGCGCGUCGAGCAGUACAGCAGCAAUGCCGCUCGCGAUGCCAAGGCCACCGCCCGCCACUAUGGCGUCAACCCGGAUGACAUCGAGGGUUCCGCUCGUCAGAUCGCUCCUUCUCGUCAGACGCUCGCCCACAUCGCCCAGAUGGUCGGCGCCAUCAAGGCCGGCAAGCUGCCCUCGCAGAAGCAGAUCAACCAGUUCAUCGAGGCCGUCAUGUCCAGCCCCGUCCUCGAUGAACGCAACGUCGCUGGCUCCACCAAGCUCAGCCAGCAAGGUGCCAAGGUGCUUCAAGACAUCAAGGGCAUCCUCGCCUGCAUCGAGCGCAUCGGCGAGAGCAAGAACGGCGACGACAAGAUCCAGAAAUUCAUCUACCAGACGUCCCAGGCUUCCAUCAAUGUGACCGACGAAGGUGGCAUCUCGGCCAGUCUUCCCUCUGCCUCUUCGGUCGGCGCCGACGGUCGCCUGCUGGACGAGGCCAAGAAGGACGCCAACAAGGCGCUCGGAGAGGUGAAGCAGAUGGCUCAGCUUUUGAUCACCUCCAAGGCCUUCCGCGAUCUUCUCGCCGAUAUCCAGUUCCUCCUCCGUGAUCUGACCGCCGAUGCUGCUGCCACGGCAGCGCAGAAGGCCGGCGGUGCCGAGGGCAAGCUUCGCCCUAGCGAAGAGGAGCGCAAGAAGCGAGGCGACGCUGUCGACAUCCGCGCUCCUAGCAAGAAGGACCUCGAGAACGCCAAAGAGUCGGCCAAGCGUGGCGCCAAGCAGGCCCAGGACAACCUCCAGGACUCGGCCAAGCAGGCCAUCGGCUACCUCGACGAAAAGACCCCCGACGACGUCAAGGACGAGUUCCUGGAGCGUGUCAAGCAAAUUGUCGACGCCGUCGAGCGCGACCCCGAAUUCAAGGACGCCCUCAACGGUCUGUACGCCAUUGCCAACAAGUGGACCGACAUUGUCCAGGAUGUCGCCGAGAAGGCCAAGGAGCAGACCGAUAUUGAUAUUGACACGCCCGAAGCCGAGGCCAACGAGAACAUGCGCGAGGCGUUCCACCAGCUCAAGGACAUCCUCGAGACCUUUGCCGGUCGAUCGCUCGAGCCGGUCGAAAAGUCGGUCACGGGUCUCCUCGAGCACGCCAAGCAGAUCUACGACAACGAAGCUUCCAAGGAGAGCAAGGAGCUGCGCGACUUUGUCGAGGAUGUCAAGGACUUUAUCAACCGUGCUCUCAACGAGGAUGGUUUCAUCCAGACCAACCGCUCCAAUCGCAUGGCGUCCGAUCUGUACGACCGAGCCCAGAAGCUCUUCAAUGCUACGGGCAAGGAGGCCAACAAGCAGCUCUCCAAGCUGCGCGGCGACUUUGACCAGACGCUCGACGAGAUCGCCACCUUUGUCGAAGGGCUCGAAGAAGAUCCCGAGCUGCGCGAGCUCGGCCAGCGAAUCGAAAAGCUCGGGUCGGAUCUCAACUUUUUCGACUUUGACCGCAUUUUUGGCAGCGGGCCCGGUCAGGGGUUGAUCAACCUGUUCAACGAUCUGCGCAGCCAAGCGGGUGGUCUGGUGCGCGACACGGUCGAGGUCUUUGUGCCGCGCAUCAUCAACGAGAUUCAAUCGAUCCCGUUCCCUCGUAUCGAGUUUGUCUCGCGCGAGGCGGAUGUGGUGAUCGACGACCUCUCGUUGACCGCUUCGACGGCGUCGUUUGUGCCGGAUCGCAUCCGCGUCGUCAACCGCAACGACCUCACGCUCGACCAACGUCGCUCGUCGUUCGGCAGCAACUUUGACGCUUAUCUCUACCUCGAGAUCGAAGGGCUGCGCGUCAAGGCGGCCGACGUGGCGUACUACAUCAACAAGAAGACCGGCUGGGUGGGCUGGGAGGACUACGGCUUCCUCGACCUCGACCUCGGCGGCCACAACGGCACCAGCUUCGUGGUCAAGCUCGAGAACGCGGAUGAGGACGACCAGGAGAGCUUCUACAAGGUCAACCGUGUUAGUGUCGACAUGUCGAGCUUCAAGGUGAAAGUGAGGAAGACCAAGCACUGGUUCCUCAACUUUUUCCUCAUGCCGUUUGUGCGUCCGGUGCUCAAGAGGGUGUUCCAGCAGCUGCUGGAGGAGCAGAUCAAGUCGUGGUUGCAGAACCAGGAUCGUAGCCUGUGGGCUGCUCAACAGAGGGCCAAGGUCAUCAACAGCUACAGCAAGACGGCGGUGCAGCAGGGUCAGGGUGUGUCGCCGAAGGCUUACCUCAAAGCGAUCUUUGCUCCCGAGACGGAUGCCUUCGAGCCCUACGGAAGCAAGUCGAAGCAGCCCCGGACCGAAGUGGGUCUCGCCGAGGGCUUCCGCGUCCAAGGUCCGCACAACGAGUUCAAGCUCGCCAUUGGCGCUUCCUACUCCAAGCAACUCCUCCCUGGCAAGGGUGGUCCCCUCCGUUACGCCAAGGAGAAGCUGGAGGAGUACAAGUACAUUGAGGACUCGGUGCGUCAGGGGGUGAGGCAGGUCAAGCAGGGGGCGCAGGAGCUGCGCGAGGGUGCUAGCGAGGCGGUCGACGAGGUGCGCAAGGGCGUCAAGGGCUUGGAGGGCGAAGCCAAGGGUAAGGGCGGAAAACUCAAGUCCGAGGCCGACAAGCUCAGCAAAGAGUCGAAGAAGCAGGAGAGGAAGGAGAAGCGCGAGAGCGGUUGGCGCUCGUCUGCGUUUGACUGGGGUAGCUCCGACGAUGUUGAUCUUUGA